GCGUCUGUGCGUGCGUGCUCGCUCACGGCGGCGGCGGCGGCGGAGCGGAGAGGCCAGAGCCGGAGACCGAGCUGGGAUCGGGCCCCGGGCGGGGGCGGUGCGAGAGGCGCCGAGCGGAUCCUGGGGGCGGGGACGGAGCCCGGGCGGGCGGGACUGGAGCAGAGCCCGGGAACGGGGCGGGAGGUCCCAGGGCCCCGGGUUGGGGGGUGGAACCGCACUUCGUCGCCGCGGGGGUGCCGGGACUCCGGCCGCAGUGCCGCCGCCAUCACGGACUUCCUGUGGGACAAGCGCACGGGCCUCGCCGCCAGAACGAUGCCCCAUCCCCGAAGGUACCAUUCCUCAGAGCGAGGUAGCCGGGGGAGUUACCACGAACACUAUCAGAGCCGAAAGCAUAAGCGAAGAAGAAGUCGCUCCUGGUCAAGUAGCAGUGACCGGACAAGGCGGCGGCGGAGGGAGGACAGCUACCACGUUCGGUCCCGAAGCAGCUAUGAUGACCAUUCGUCCGAUCGGCGGCUGUACGAUCGGCGGUACUGUGGCAGCUACAGGCGCAAUGACUACAGCCGGGACAGAGGGGAGGCUUACUACGACACAGACUUUCGGCAGUCCUAUGAAUACCAUCGAGAGAACAGCAGUUACCGAAGCCAGCGCAGCAGCCGAAGGAAACACAGAAGGCGGAGGAGACGGAGCCGGACAUUCAGCCGCUCAUCUUCACAGCACAGCAGCCGGAGAGCCAAGAGUGUAGAGGACGACGCUGAGGGCCACCUCAUCUACCACGUCGGGGACUGGCUACAAGAGCGAUAUGAAAUUGUAAGCACCUUAGGAGAAGGGACCUUCGGCCGAGUUGUGCAGUGUGUGGACCAUCGCAGGGGCGGAACACAAGUUGCCCUGAAGAUCAUUAAGAAUGUGGAGAAGUACAAGGAAGCAGCCCGACUAGAAAUCAACGUGCUGGAGAAAAUCAAUGAGAAAGAUCCUGACAACAAGAACCUCUGUGUCCAGAUGUUUGACUGGUUUGACUACCAUGGCCACAUGUGUAUCUCCUUUGAGCUUCUGGGCCUUAGCACCUUCGAUUUCCUCAAAGACAACAACUACCUGCCCUACCCCAUCCACCAAGUGCGCCACAUGGCCUUCCAGCUCUGCCAGGCCGUCAAGUUCCUCCAUGAUAACAAGUUGACACAUACGGACCUCAAACCUGAAAAUAUUCUGUUUGUGAAUUCAGACUACGAACUCACCUACAACCUAGAGAAGAAGCGAGAUGAGCGCAGUGUAAAGAGCACAGCCGUGCGGGUGGUGGACUUCGGCAGUGCCACCUUUGACCACGAACACCAUAGCACCAUUGUCUCCACUCGCCAUUACCGAGCCCCCGAGGUCAUCCUGGAGUUGGGCUGGUCACAGCCAUGCGAUGUAUGGAGCAUAGGCUGCAUCAUCUUUGAGUACUACGUUGGCUUCACCCUCUUCCAGACCCAUGACAACAGAGAGCAUCUAGCCAUGAUGGAAAGGAUCCUGGGUCCUGUCCCUUCUCGGAUGAUCAGAAAGACAAGAAAACAGAAAUAUUUUUAUCGGGGUCGCCUGGAUUGGGAUGAGAACACCUCAGCCGGGCGCUACGUUCGUGAGAACUGCAAACCUCUGCGGGACCCAGCUGUGAUCCAGCACCGACCCAGCCAGCAGUAUGCCACGCUGGACGUCUACAACCCCUUUGAGAACCGAGAGCCCCCACCAGCCUACGAGCCUCCUGCUCCAGCCCCAGCACCUCUACCGCCACCCUCAGCUCCCUCUGUACAGUCCUCAAGAAAGCUCAGCCCCACAGAGCCCAGGAACUACGGCUCCUACAGCACCCAGGCCUCAGCUGCAGCGGCCACUGCUGAGCUGCUGAAGAAGCAGGAGGAACUCAACCGCAAGGCAGAGGAGUUGGACCGCCGGGAGCGAGAACUGCAGCAUGUCGCCCUGGGUGGUGCAGGCACUCGACAGAACAACUGGCCUCCCCUACCGUCUUUUUGCCCUGUAAAGCCUUGCUUUUUCCAAGACAUCUCUAUGGAGAUACCCCAAGAAUUUCAGAAGACGGUGUCCACCAUGUACUACCUCUGGAUGUGCAGCACUCUGGCUCUUCUCCUGAACUUCUUCGCCUGCCUGGCCAGGUUCUGUGUGGACACCGGCAGUGGCUCAGGCUUUGGGCUGUCUAUGCUCUGGCUGCUCCUUUUCACUCCCUGCUCCUUUGUCUGCUGGUACCGCCCGAUGUAUAAGGCUUUCCGGAGUGAUAGUUCAUUCAAUUUCUUCGUUUUUUUCUUCAUUUUCUUCGUCCAGGAUGUGUUCUUUGUCCUCCAGGCCAUUGGCAUCCCAGGGUGGGGCUUCAGCGGCUGGGUGACUGCUCUGGUGGUGGUGGGAUCCAAACCUGCCGUGGCGGUGCUCAUGCUGCUCGUCGCCCUGCUCUUCACCGGCAUCGCAGUGCUGGGAAUCGUGAUGCUGAAGCGGAUCCACUCCCUGUACCGCCAAACGGGUGCCAGCUUUCAGAAGGCCCAGCAAGAAUUUGCUGCUGGUGUCUUCUCCAACCCUGCGGUUCGAACUGCUGCUGCCAAUGCAGCUGCCGGAGCUGCUGAAAAUGCCUUCAGGGCCCCUUGACCCCUGCUGCACCCGCUGGGAUGCCCUGGGCCUGUCACCUGUGGGAACCAAGAUAGUCCCUAUCCCUGAAGUCUCUGGGAUUCAGGGAGCCAUCACCACUUGGUGACUUCUAUGGGGCUCUUCAUUCCACAGCCAUGACUUUAAUCCUGACUUGAGGUGUGGAGAGCCCGCUGUGACUCAGUCAUUAUUUGCCUUUUAUCUCCCAUCUGGCCACACUGCUGCCGCCACCUCUCACACAACCCCAACCCCAGUUUCCUUCUGCUGUGCCAAGGAUGUCUUCUUCCGUUAUUUAAAUUAAAGAAAAAAAAGUGUAACUGGAACUCAC